AUGGAACCAGGUGAUGGUCAAGCGUCCUUGGUGCAGGGUGAGCAGAAGGCCUCAGCACCUGUCGAGACAUAUCAUCCUCGCCAUCAACCCGAUUAUCGAGCGCAUGUCGAUCACGGCACAUCUUUGUAUUCACCAGUACCAAGGAGAGUCCAGGAUGGAAGCGAGCCUGGUGAAACGCUACCAGCCGCCGUUCUUUCGGGAGCGCCACUCGACAUGCAGGCUCGAGUCGCCAGAAUAUACAAACCAAUCAAGCCUGCGACUCAAUCAGGCACUUGGGGAUCUUCGGCAUGGAGAAUGGAUUGGGACCCUCUACCUAAAGGUCAUCGAUGGGAGAAUCCUUUGAUGGGCUGGGCAUCUUCUGCGGAUGCUAUGCAAGGCACAAACAUAAAGUUCAAGUCGAAAGAAGCUGCUAUUGCUUUUGCUGAGAAGCAGGGCUAUGAGUAUUACGUUCAGGAACCCAACGAGAGGAGAUUUGUGCCCAAGGCAUACGCCAACAAUUUCUUACACGAACCAGGCCCAUUGAAGCACAUAAAGACUAAAUAG